UAAUUGUCUGAGGCUCUGAGUUGCGCUCGUCUUUCCUCUCUCUGCUCCCUCCCUUCGAGGGUUUUUUUUUUUUUUUUUUUUCCUUUUUUCUUUCUUUCUUUUAUUAUUCUUUCCCCCUCUUUCCUCUUCCCUCUUUGUUUUUGUAUAUUUGUUUUGUUUCUUUCUUUUGCUUUGUUCUAGAGCCCCCAAUUCAAGAUCUUCUUAUCCUCCAUCUCAAUCUCACUAUUCGUGGAAGAUGCAGUAUCAGAGGCUUAGACAGCAGGCAAUGAUGCAGCAGUCUCUGUAUCCCCAUCCUGGCCUCCUCGCUGCUCCUCAGAUAGAGCCUAUCUUGAGUGGAAACCUGCCUCCUGGCUUUGAUUCAAGUACAUGCCGCAGUGUGUAUGUUGGAAACAUUCAUCCCCAAGUCACCGAGCCUCUACUUCAAGAAGUUUUUUCAAGUAUUGGACCCAUAGAAGGGUGUAAGCUCAUCAGGAAGGAGAAGUCAUCCUAUGGUUUUGUGGAUUACUUCGAUCGCAGAUCGGCUGCAGUUUCUAUUAUUUCUCUCAAUGGAAGAAACUUGUUUGGACAGCCUAUAAAAGUUAAUUGGGCAUAUGCAAGUAGUCAGAGGGAAGAUACAUCUGGUCAUUUUAAUAUAUUUGUUGGUGAUCUCAGCCCUGAGGUUACAGAUGCUACAUUGUUUGCAUGCUUUUCUGUUUACCCCAGUUGUUCGGAUGCACGGGUUAUGUGGGACCAGAAAACUGGACGUUCGAGGGGUUAUGGUUUUGUUGCUUUUCGGAAUGAGCAGGAUGCUCAAAGUGCAAUUAAUGACAUAAAUGGAAAGUGGCUUGGGAGUCGACAGAUUAGGUGUAAUUGGGCCACAAAAGGUGCGAAUUCUGGCGAUGACAAACAGAGUUCAGAUUCCAGAAGUGUUGUAGAGCUUACAUCUGGAACUUCAGAUGGUGGUCAGGAGAAAUCCAAUGAGGACGCACCUGAGAACAAUCCUCAAUACACAACCGUCUAUGUGGGAAAUCUUGCUCCUGAGGUUACUUCAGUUGAUCUCCACCGUUAUUUUCAUGCCCUUGGUGCCGGGACAAUUGAAGAUGUUAGGGUACAACGGGAUAAAGGUUUUGGGUUUGUGAGAUAUAGCACUCAUGCUGAAGCAGCUUUAGCCAUCCAAACAGGCAAUGCUAGAGUUGUCUGUGGCAAACCAAUUAAGUGUUCAUGGGGUAGCAAGCCAACCCCGCCAGGGACAAAUUCUACCCCUCUUCCUCCACCGAAUGUGGGACACAUGCCAGGUCUGUCUGCAGCCGAUCUUGCUUCCUAUGAACGGCAAAUGGCAUUUAGCAAAAUGGGUGCGGCACAAGCGCUAAUGCAUCCACAGGCGGCUCAGCAUGCCCUCAAGCAGGCAGCCAUGGGAAUGGGGAUGGGAAUUGGGAUGGGUGGUGCGGGCACAAGUCAAACUAUAUAUGAUGGUGGGUUCCAAAAUAUUGCAACCACCCAACAGCUCAUGUAUUACUAGGUAUUUGAACUGCUGUAGUGUAUGAUGCUUUUAGUUCAUUGUGGAACUAAAAAAAUAGUGUUACAUGUUUUGGGGAUUGUGACCCAAGUACGAUCUUGAACUUGCUGCGUUUGCCAAUGUAGUGGUUAGCCCGGGGGAGAAGGUGUUGCAGAGUGAUUUUAAUUUGUUUACUUGUAAUGGUUUAGUUUGUAGUAUCCUGCAAGAAAAAAAAUAUAUGGUGAGACGUCUGGAAAUAAGUUCCAAGCCUUGAAUCUAGAUGGACUUAUUUUUCUUCAA